UGUGGUUGUGUUUCAGGUCCGACUCCCUUGUCAAUAUCACACUUUGAAUGUAUUAAUGCUAAGCAAUGGGAAUCUUGCAGACAUGGCUAAAAAACGAACCGCUUUAACGCCACUGGUGCUGGUUGUGUUAUUGUCAGCCUGCGAUGCUCUGAAGUGCAACUGCACUGAAUGUGAGAAGACGGGCUACGAGUGCGAGACGGAUGGCGGCGCCUGCAUGGCCUCCACCUCCUACAUCCGGGGCCAGGAGCGCCAUAUCCGCAUCUGCAUCACACGCGACAAGCUGGUGCCGCCGGGCCAGCCCUUCUACUGCCUGAGCGCCGAGGGCCUGCUCAACACCCACUGCUGCUACACCGACUACUGCAACAGCGUCAACCUCAAAGUCCCUAUCGGAGUCCCAGAGAAGCCGGGCUGGGCAGGCAGCGCAGGCGGAUGGGGCCCGGUGGAGCUGGUGGCAGUGAUCGCGGGGCCCGUCUUCCUGCUCUGCGUGCUCCUCAUCGUGGGCGUCUUCUUAUUCCAGCACCACCAGCGCGCCUACAGCCACCGGCAACGCCUGGACGUGGAGGACCCUUCCUGCGACCACCUCUACCUGGCCAAGGACAAGACCCUGCAGGACCUCAUCUUUGACCUGUCCACCUCAGGCUCUGGGUCCGGUCUGCCUUUGUUUGUGCAGCGGACAGUGGCGCGGACCAUCGUGCUCCAGGAGAUCAUCGGGAAGGGCCGCUUUGGGGAGGUGUGGAGGGGGAAGUGGCGUGGAGGCGACGUGGCGGUGAAGAUCUUCUCGUCCCGCGAGGAGCGCUCCUGGUUCCGAGAGGCCGAGAUCUACCAGACCAUCAUGCUGCGGCACGAGAACAUCCUGGGCUUCAUUGCCGCUGACAACAAGGACAAUGGCACAUGGACGCAGCUGUGGCUGGUGUCUGACUACCAUGAGCACGGCUCCCUCUUUGACUACCUGAACCGCUACUCGGUCACUAUUGAGGGUAUGAUCAAGCUGGCGCUGUCAGCCGCCAGUGGGCUGGCGCACCUGCACAUGGAGAUUUUGGGCACACAAGGGAAGCCCGGUAUCGCCCAUCGUGACCUGAAGUCCAAGAACAUCUUGGUGAAGAAGAACUGCACAUGUGCCAUCGCUGACCUGGGGUUGGCUGUGCGCCAUGAGUCUGUCACUGACACCAUCGACAUCGCCCCCAACCAGCGUGUGGGCACCAAGAGGUAUAUGGCCCCUGAAGUUCUGGACGAGACCAUCAACAUGAAGCACUUUGACUCCUUCAAGUGUGCAGAUAUCUACGCCCUGGGACUAGUGUACUGGGAGAUUGCUCGUCGCUGCAAUGCUGGGGGUGUCCAUGAGGAGUAUCAGCUGCCGUACUACGACCUGGUGCCCUCUGACCCCUCCAUCGAGGAGAUGAGAAAGGUGGUGUGUGACCAGAGGCUGCGGCCUAACGUUCCCAACUGGUGGCAGAGCUAUGAGGCAAUAAAGGUGGAUGACUUGUACAGAGUGCUGUAUCAGGGAGCAGAACAGUAUUAAAACCAGCGAGUGCCCACAGGAGCCUGAGGACCACGAGAGACAUCUGAACUUGGGCUGAAGACGCUGCUGUAGUUUUCAGGCAUCGUUUCACUUUACUUACGAGUCGCAUUCAGUACACAGAGCAAAUAAGAGAUGGGAAAAACGACAGAGUAAAAAUUGUGAUCUUUUGGGGAAAAUAUCAUCAAUGUACUUGUGUUGACAGCCGACAGCAGCCAACACCACCCUUCAAAAACAACUGGAUGGUACAUUCAUUUUUAUCGAAUUUCACUGGGAUUUUUUUUCCUCUUCAUAUAUUUAAUUUAUUGAGGAAUUCUUGUGUGGUCUCUCAUAGCAGAAAGCUGAGAACCAAUUUUAUGAGAUGGGAGCCUGUUAUGACAGAGGUUUUUAAAUUUGGGCUUUCUAUACUUCUUACUGCCCACAGUCCUCUCACAGUGGACUUGAUUUUAUACUGGAGAUUGAUGCCCUCCAUUAUUUUUCACCUGUUU